AAGUGGGCGCGCGCCGAAGUGACAGUGGGAAGUGCAGUCCGUGUGCAGCCAGCGCGAGGAAGAGACCUCCAAUCAAAACUGAAUGGCUGGAAGUAAUGCGAGUUCAAGUGAUGACUGACCCAGCACCACCACGAUUACACCUCCAGAAGAAGCCAGCAGCAGCUCAUCCGUCGUCGGUCACAUCUGAGAGUCGGAUCCAUUGGAAGCUUUUAUCUCCGAUGGAUUAGAAAGGUUACUCUGUGGAGAUCAGUGAUUUUAUUUACAGCGUUCCUUGGUUGGAGAGGGGGCUGGCAUGUGGCCCCCUGAUCUUGGUCCUCCAGACGUGCAGCUGACUCUACCUGGUUUUGGGAGUGUGUUUGAGGAUGCGGGUGAUCUUCAGGCGCCGCUCUCCUCUGGGGGCCUUUGCCAGCCCUUGUUACAUUCUGCAGGGCUGUGCUCUCUUCCCAAGACCUUGCUGGGUUGUGACCUCAACUCUCUCCUCAGCUGUAAGACAGCCGAACCCCACGUAGAAAAGAUUGUUGAAGACUUUGUCACCAUAGCUCAUUCUGACCUAAAGAGCAGCACCAAAAGGACCAGCUGCUACCCUCACCCCUCCUUGCCUGUUCCUUAUGUGCUCACCAGCUGCAGCAAACCGUCAUCUUUCGAACCUUCAUGUCUUUCCUCUUCCUCCUCAGCUUUACUUCCUGCCUCUUGCUUGCCUCCUUCUGACAACACAUUCCUUUCGCAUCAACACAAUCUACAGGAGGAGUACUGCACUAUAAAACAAGAGCCUCCAGAUGAUUUCUCGCCGUGUAAAAGGGAGCCGUUUCAAAUGAACCACCAGCAGGGGGAGCCCUUCCUUCUGGACCAGGCCCCUCAGGGUUACAACUCACCAGACCGAAACCAAUCCCCCAUUCAAUGUCCCAGACCUGCAGGACAGGAACACACCUUAGACCAGCAGGAGCAGUCGUGCCAUUGGAUCGACUGCAGCGCCUCCUACAGCAGCCAAGAGGAGCUGGUGAGGCACAUUGAGAAGGUGCACAUUGACCAGCGCAAAGGGGAGGAGUUUGCAUGUUUCUGGACCGGAUGUGUUCGACGGCACAAACCCUUCAACGCUCGCUACAAGCUGCUCAUCCACAUGAGGGUUCAUUCUGGAGAAAAACCCAAUAAAUGCAUGUUUGAGGGCUGCUUAAAGGCGUUUUCUCGUCUGGAGAACCUGAAGAUCCACCUCAGGAGUCACACGGGAGAGAAACCGUACAUUUGUCAACACCCCGGCUGCCUAAAAGCCUUCAGCAACUCCAGCGACCGGGCCAAACACCAGCGCACGCACCUGGACACGAAACCAUACGCCUGUCAGAUCCCGGGAUGCACCAAGCGCUACACGGAUCCCAGCUCACUACGGAAGCACGUCAAAGCUCAUUCUGCCAAAGGCCUGCAGGACAGGGAGGUCAAGGCUCACGUUCGUACCAUGCUGGAAUCGGACAUGUUGAGCGAUUGUUUGGCGAGGCAGCAUCUCAACAGCUCUGCCUGCUCCCACCAGGAUACCAGCUCACCUUUGACCACCUUAGAUGACUUUACAGGUGUGUACUCGAGCAGCAGCUCGACCCUCAACAGCAGGGGAAAUCCAGAGUUUCUGCCCCCAUCCGGAGACGUUCGCUCCUGUUUUCCAGGCCCUGAGGGACACUUUGACGCCAAAAGUCCGGUGUCUUCCCUGACGAGCGGCAGCAGCAUGAGGAACAGCAGGCACAGACCAUCGUCCCUGUUUGAGUCAGAGAGAGGGAACGUUCAGCUGACAGGAUUCCAGAAACCCUACAACCUCCAGCAGUCGGUGCUCCUACAGCAGCAGCAACAAGACUGUUUGUAUGGAGAGGUGGUUGCUCCAGUCAGUAAUGAAGGCUUUGAACCAACCAGCUACUUCCCAAACCCGUCCGUUCCUCUCUCAACAGGUUUCGACCUGCUGCAGGAGCUUCAGGGCCAAGCAGAGGACGGUUGCUCCUCGUCCCCCUGCCCCGAGGACAGCUUCCUCUUUCAGACCGGAGGAGUCGACCGCUGCCUCAGUCAGAUAUUUUCCAUCUACUUGGACUCGUGAUGGAAACCUGAGACCCUUCCACAAGCACUGAACAUGCAGCACAAAGGAUGUGUGUCACCCAUCUAUUGUACCACACGCAGCAUGUUUCAGGAAGAACUCACUUUUUACCAGUAGCUUCAACCCUCCCACUGUCCUAAUGGGUGACCCCGCGAGGAAAGUAGACCAUUGAGCAGGAUUGAUGGUUUAUCCCUUGAGGUCCAUGUGGCAGGGGUGAGGUGGUGCUUACUCCUCACCCCUGCCACAUGGACCUCAAGGGAUAAACCAUCAAUCCUGCUCAAUGGUCUACUUUCCUCGCGGGGUCACCCAUUAGGACAGUGGGAGGGUUAAUAAGUGGAGGAACAGAAUAACCAAGUACAAUGAAUAACCAAAGCAGGACAUCUGGCACCAAUACAAGUGUAAAUAUCAGCUAAUUUUAUAUUCAGAAAUGACCACAGCAUUUGUGAUCUGGAUAGAAUUAGCUAUAUAUUCCCAAUGCAGCUUCAAUGGACACCAGAUUAUUGGACACAAGAAUUAAUCUUUUUUUUUUUUGGGGGGGGGGGGGUGUCUCACUGGAAAAGGACCAACUCCGACAUAAACUAAACCCUGAAACCAUGAAAUGAUCAAUAAUGUUCAGUCCUUAUUUCUCUAGAGCUUAGUUCAUACCAAACAAAACAAACCCUAAAGAAAAAGAUCCACUAAAAUUGGCUUGUGAUGGUGUGAUCAUUCUAUACUGCAGUCUACAGAAUACUAUAAAAAACUAUGGUAAAGUUGAGUUUUCAGCCAAUAUGCUAAGCUAACGGCUACAACAUCAUUUAUAACGGACAUCAUAUACGUAGGCCCAGUCCCAACACUCCCACUUCCACCCGGCCAAAGGUGCAAGUGUGAAGGUCAAGGCUGGCAUCCAGCACGUUUAGCUUUAACUCUGUUUCAACGCUUCUGCAGAGCCUGAUGAGCUGCUGCACAGGUGAUUCAGCCACUGAAUCAGGUGUGUUGGAGCAGAGAAACCACUAAAAUGUGCUGGAUACUGGCCCUCCAGGCCCAGAAAUGAGUACUUGUGGUGUAGGGUAUCCCGAUUUUCAAGUGUGGGAGGUAACCACGCCCCUUUUGCACCCUUGAUUUGCACUUCGCCCAAGUCUGCACUGAUACGAAUUUCAGGCAAGUGUAUUACCCACAAUCCAUUGCUGAGUGGGAAGUUUGAGAAGGUGGAACAAUGGCUCAAUUGACAUUUCUUGAAAAUAUGUAUUUUCAAACAAAAGUAAAUUUUAGGACCAUUAAUGACAUUUAUUCACGCUCUGAAUGAUUUAGUCAUAGUGGACAGCAAUUAAUUUAAAUUUGGAUGAAUAAUUGUUUGAAAGUUGUUAAUAGACUUUUCUAAAAGUAGCACGAACAGCGACCGGCAUUCGUUACGCUCAAAGACACAAUGCUACCCAUCCCAAUUUGGCACAGUUGUGUACUACGCACCGGAAGCCUUAUUGCACACCUCUUGAGUGCACUUCACAGAAGGGCGUAGGGUGCAGUGCAAGUAUUGGGAUUGGGCCGUAGACGCCUUGUGGACUGUUGCUGCCUAAUGGAGCUGGCGUAGCAGUGGGCUGCCAUCUUGAAUGGAUUCCUAUUCGCCCCAGUUUUUACUGAGGAAGGUGCUUACCCAAAAAACAUGUUUUAUUAUGCUUUUUCACAGAUGCUAUGUCAUGAUAGUUAAAAUAUAAAUAUAAUGAAAUAAAUUAGAAUGUAAAAUUCCAACAGGUAGGCUAGAAAAGUCAAUAGUAAUCCCAUGUGAUCUGUUUUCAGUGGUAUGAUGGUUGUUGUAUAGUUGCCCUCAGCUGGAUAAUUUAUAAAGUGAGAUAAACCAGAAGAUGUCACAGCUCUUUUACUAGCAGCAAGUUUUGUUUUUAAUAUGCAAGAAAAUGUCAUUGAGCAACUUGUUUUCUGACCUAAAACUGCAGUGAACUGAAGCAGUGCUGCCCCUAGUGUAUGGAUGAAUGUAAAGAAGGGAGGAGGUGAAACAAACUGCACUAAAUUAUAAUUAACUCCAAAACACCUUUUUGUCUUGUAUUGUGUCUUCUUGCUUCAGCAGAAUGACUACGUGUUUCUUGUCCAGUUUUUAUCAGUGUUUUGUAUUUAGUCGAAGGGAAAAGAUGUCUGUUUCUUUGGAGUUUUCUGCCUCAUCAUAAAAACUCAAAGAAAUCCCCAAGCAGGAAAAGUUUACAUUGAUAUAAUAGCAGAGCAGACAUGUAUUACUGUCACUGAACGUUGUAUAAAGUGUACAAACAUGCAUCUGUCUUUUAUAUCUAAAUAAAUGCAAUCUUUUUUCUUU